UAAGAAUUCACCAAAGCUCUGAUUUUAAAAAGAACGUUUUUCAAUUCACAGAUGGUCACUACCCCUGGAUCCUUCUUCACCAGCAGACUCAUCAAAUGGUAGUAUAAAAAUUGACCAAACCCCUCACAGGUUUUCCUUUCACAUGCUAUAGCUGUUAAGACACAAUGCGUACCAGGGGAAGCCCUUGCCAGGGCGGAUAAAGAAUACAUACUGGGUCUAACGCAUUUUCAGGUUUCGUAUAAGUCGGUGAGAUCAUGUAUAACAUCGUGAUCGUUGCCCAUCGAGACGCAUUUGGAUCGAGUAUGAGGGAAUAGAUCCGAACAAAUCUGGAUCCAACGAACGCAUUAGGAGUUGACCAGUACAGUCUCUGCAGGUUGUCCAUCGAGAUUGCAUUUUUACACAAGUACUGGAUCAAGUAUAAAGGAGUAGAUCCCAACAAUACCAAUCUCUGGUGGUGGCUGCUACCCGUACCAAGGCCGGGCAUGGGAGGGAAAGGCGACCGGCGGCAGUUAAACCGACUGAACUGAGGUCUCACACAGGCGGUUAUUCUUAUUCUUAGGAAAAUAAUGAUAACUCAUCAGAAGCAACAUAAAAUGCACUUCAAUUGAAAUCUUCCUCCCAUUGAAGGAGUCGUCUUCUUUGCCGGAAUCUUCCUUACGUCCCCAUGGCUCUUCGGACCGCGAAGAGUUACAAGAGACUCCAUUACUCUGCUUCCGAACCCGAAACUCCGACCAAGCAGGAUGACACAAUCCAAUUCAGGUGCAACGGAAUCCUCGUGAAAUCCGAAGUCCUGUCGAAGUUUUUCGCGGAGGACUUCAAAAAAGUGAAGCAGCUGAAAAUGCCAAUCGAUCCCCGCAGCCGCUUUGUUAAUUGCUGGAGCAGGAUUUUCCUAGCAGCGUGCUUGGUUUCCAUGUUCGUGGACCCACUUUUCUUGUACAUGCCAAUGGUACAACCUGCUGAUCGGCUGUGCCUGGAAAAUUCGGUAAACCUAGGAAGAUUCCUGACUAGUAUAAGAUCGAUGACUGAUCUGUUUUUUGUGGCAAAAGUUUUGGUCCGCUUUAGAACUGCCUAUGUGUCCCCGUCGUCUUGUGUUUUCGGAGCAGGAGAACUUGUUGUGGAUCCAUGGAAGAUUGCACUGCGGUACAUCACCACAAAGGGCUUCUGGUUCGAUAUCGCGGCAGCCAUACCCAUUCCACAGGUGUUGAUUAUGGGCAUCAUACCACAUCUGGGAGCUUCCAAGAUUUCAGACGUGAGAAUAUCGCUUGUGUUCCUCAUGAUGAUACAAUACCUCCAGAGGCUCAUCAUAGCAUCUCCUCUAACCAUGGAAAUAGCCAAGGCCACAGGGGUCAUCAUUCAAGCAUCUUGGAUUGGAGCUGCUUAUAACCUGACGUUGUACUUGCUGUCAAGCCAUGUUAUGGGAAGUUGUAUGUACCUUUUAACGGUACAACGAAAAGCAGCUUGCUGGAGAAGUGUGUGCAGUCAAGAUAAUUCAACGUGUAAUGAAAGUUUCUUUGAUUGCAGUUCAAUAGGGAGCCCCAUAAGGAAUCAGUGGAUUCAGUCGAGCAAUAUCUCAAAUCUCUGUAGUCCAAGUGGGAAUUACCCAUUUGGCAUAUACGGUCCUGGACUGGCGAGUGGUGUGACCACAGGAACGUUCUUGCAAAGAUACUUCUACUCUCUUUGGUCCGGCCUGAAGAGUGUAAGCACUUUAGGACAGAAUUUCGUCACAAGCAUAUUUGUAGGAGAGAAUAUCUUUGCCACUGUCAUUGUGUUGGUCGGCCUGCUUAACUUAGCAUUGCUGGUGGGAAAUAUGCAGAGAUACCUCCAAUCAUCGUCAACACGGUUAGAGGAGUGGAGGGUUACGAAAAAAGCUAAAGAGCAAUGGAUGCAUCACAGGCAACUACCAAAAAAAUUAAGACAGGGCGUCCGGAGAUAUGAUCAGUACAAGUGGGUGGCUACCCAAGGAGUUGACGAAGCAUCUCUCCUCAAAGAGCUUCCCAAGCAUCUCCGAAGACAAAUCAAGCGCCAGUUAUGCCUCAAUCUUGUUCGACGAGUACCCUUUUUUGUCGAGAUGGAUGAUCGUCUGUUGGACUCGAUAUGUGAAAGGCUCAAGCCAACACUUUGGCCGGCUGGCAUGUUUAUCGUGCGCGAGGGUGACCCUCUGGAGGAGAUGCUCUUCAUAAUUCGCGGCCACCUUGACUCAUACACCACUAACGGUGGCCGAACUGGGUUUUUCAAUUCCUGCCAGAUUCAACCGGGUGACUUCUGCGGCGAGGAGCUACUCACAUGGGCGCUCGAGCCGCGUCCAAGUGACACCCUCCCAUCGUCCACACGCACCGUGAAGGCCACAUCUGAUGCUGAGGCAUUUGCGCUCGGGGCCGAUGACUUGAAGUUUGUGGCAUCACAGUUCCGCAAGCUACAUAGCAAACAACUCAGGCACAAGUUACGGUUCCAUUCGCACCAAUGGCGCAUGUGGGCUGCAUGUUUCAUACAAGCGGCGUGGCGGCGACACAAAAAGCGCAAGGAAUUGGCUGAAUUAUUGAGUGCUCAAGGGGGUGGCCAUUUCUUACAAAUGGACAUGUUGGUGCCUCAACCAGGGGCUGGUGCUCUCAGCCUGUUGCCAAAGCCGGAAGACCCUGAUUUUUGUGCAGAUGAUGAUUCAACAUAAUAGUAGUUUCAAAUGGAGAGAUUCAAAUAUUUGUUCCCUUUGUAAACUGACUAAUUGGACCCCAUACAAACGUUGGGUGUUGUUGCUGCGGGUCGAGUUGGAUUAUGUUUUGCAUAUAUUGAGGUACCGCUAUUCAUUUCAUUGUUUUCUUCAAAUUUGAGGUAGGUGAAGAGACUUGUAUGUCGUAGGUGAAAAACAGAUUGUACUAACCGAUAACCUUGUUUCUUUAGGGAGAAAUAACUGAGUGAUUGUUGGAACUGAA